AUGCUGCGAAUUCGGUGCUCCGGCACCCCCUACGAGAUCGGCUACCAGCAUGGCACCGCGGCUCGCGAUUUGGUUGCCGGAAGUCUCGAAUUCUAUCGCCAAUAUUUUCUAUUAAAGUCCCAUAUGGACUGGGAUACGGCCAAAUCACAUGCGGUGAAAUUCCUUCCACUAUUGCAACGAGAAUGGAAUCAUUAUGUCGAGGAAAUUAGAGGAAUUGCUGCUGGUUCAGGACAAACAUUCGAAGACAUUCUCGCGAUUAAUGUUCGUACAGAAAUCUCGAUGGGAUUGAUGGCGGAUGGCUGUACUGCGUUUUACUGGCAUGGCGGGGAUAUUUCAAUUGCCGGUCAAAACUGGGAUUGGGAACGAGCACAGCGCGAUAAUAUAAUUGCUUUGUACAUUGAGCAAAACGACCGACCAAGUAUUAGCCAGUUAACCGAGGCUGGCAUUAUUGGAAAGAUCGGUCUUAACUCAAGUGGCGUUAGUGUUACUUUAAAUGCAAUUCGUGCGCGUGGAGUGGAUUUCAACAGGCUCCCGACUCACUUGGCUCUCCGUGCUGUGUUGGAUAGCACAUCUCGGAAGGAAGCAAUCGACACAAUAUCAAAAUCCGGAGUUGCCUCAUCUUGCCACUUACUAGUGGGGGACCGUACCGGAGGUACCGGGCUGGAGUGCAGCUCUGGCGAUGUACAGUUUUUGGAGAUGAAGGACGGCAAAGUGACACAUGCAAACCAUUUUUAUGUUCCACAUAUCAACAAUGUUAAGGAGGCGGUCUUCCUGGAAGAUUCCACCUAUCGUGGCCACCGUAUCGACGAACUUCUCGAAAAAGCUACUGAAAAUGGGCAGCUUUUAAGUGUCUCUGUGGCAGAGCAUAUUUUGGAAGAUAAAGGGAAUUAUCCAGGUGCAAUCAACCGAAGCUCUUCCGAAUCGAGCGCAGUGGAGACCCUAUUUAGCAUCGUCAUGGAUCUCAAUUCAGUAUCUGCAACGGUUAGGCUGGGAAAGCCAACAGAAGCUUUGGAAUCAUUCAUUAUGAGACCGCCAAGUAACUAG